GUGUCUCUUUCCGGUCUCUGUGGUGCUGUACGCUCGGCUCUCUAGGCCUCGUCUAGCUCUAUGGUGACGGUGGCCGAGGUGGCUGGCCGAUCUGAAAAGAGUGGCGGGAGGCGCUGCACUUCCUCCUGGGUUUCCCGGGAGCUCGGUUUCUCGGUGACCUGGCCCGGAAGGGCUUUCAGGCAUCCAGACUCCACCGCAAAGGUGUUUCGUGAUCUGCGGGAGCAGGUGUUGGCACCAGGAGCAUCCCUCGGGCCCGAAUGUACAGUGGACGAUGCCCCUCCUAACGCAACAGAUCCAAGAUGAGAAUGACUACAGCUUAGUGGCCAGCCUUGACAACGUUAGGAAUCUCUCCACUAUCUUGAAGGCUAUUCAUUUCCGGGACCAUGCCACCUGUUUCGCUACUAAAAAUGGAAUCAAGGUUACAGUGGAAAAUGCAAAGUGUGUGCAAGCAAAUGCUUUUAUUCAGGCUGGAAUAUUUCAAGAGUUUACGGUUCAGGAAGAGUCUGUUACUUUUCGAAUUAAUUUAACUGUCCUUUUAGACUGCUUAUCUAUUUUUGGAUCAAAUCCUACGCCAGGGACUUUUACUGCACUUCGGAUGUGUUACCAAGGUUAUGGUUACCCUUUGAUGCUAUUUCUGGAGGAAGGAGGAGUGGUGACAGUCUGUAAAAUCAAUACUCAGGAGCCUGAAGAGACUCUGGAUUUUGAUUUCUGCAGCACUAAUGUCAUCAAUAAAGUUAUCCUGCAGUCAGAGGGGCUCCGUGAAGCAUUUUCCGAAUUGGAUAUGACGAGUGAGGUCCUGCAGAUCACCAUGUCUCCUGACAAGCCUUAUUUCAGGUUAUCGACUUUUGGAAAUGCAGGAAGCUCCCACCUUGACUAUCCCAAAGAUUCUGAUUUGAUGGAAUCAUUUCAUUGUAAUCAGACUCAGGUCAACAGAUACAAGAUUUCUUUACUGAAACCCUCUACAAAGGCAUUAGUCCUAUCUUGUAAGGUAUCUAUUCGGACAGAUAACCGAGGAUUCCUCUCGCUACAGUAUAUGAUUAGAAAUGAAGAUGGACAAAUAUGUUUUGUGGAAUAUUACUGCUGCCCUGAUGAAGAACUUCCUGAAUCUGAGCCUUAAGUAUGACAACUCACUGUGGUAUUUCUGUAUACAUUCGUGAUAGGCCAUGUUUUCAUUCUGGGUAUAGUCCUCUCCAUGAUUUCUUACUGGAUUUUCUAAAGGGAAGCAGCAUGGCGGAGAUAGGAGCAAGGUCCCUGUACCCUAAUAGUUGCUGUGUAUUUUGUAAGUAAAUGUUUUCAUGUAGUUGUAGAUUAUCCAGUACUGGACUAUCCUGUGGUUCUGUCUUUUCUACUCACGGGAAUCAUUAUGAGUCAAGAUGAAUAAACUAUAUGCUCUAUUCUAUUGAAGUAGGACAUUUCAAGAGUCUAAAGUUUGAAGUUUGAUGAAGCCAUAUCUGAGAUGUUCUUUUAUUUAUUUACUAUUAGAAAAAGCAAAGGCAAAUGGGGAUUGCUUAUUCAUUUGAAUUCCAGAGACUAUAUCUUAAAGCAGUAAUUCUCCAAGUGUGGUGGCCAGACCAGCAGCAUCAGCAUCACCUGGGAACUUGUCAGAAGCUCUGAGGGUGGCCCAGAGAUCAGGAGUUUAAAAAGCUUCCCUCCAGGAAAUUCUGAUGCAUACUAAAGUUUAAGAACCACUGUUUUAAAGCGUACUUUUUUUUAAAUAGCAUUUAAUUGCCUUGAAGUAAUUGCUUUACAUCUGAUUUCUUCACAAACCUUCUGAAGUUUAGGCAUCACCACACAAGUUUGAAUAAUUAUAUGAUUUAUUUUUAAAGUAUAAAUUUUGAAGAAGUCUAUGAAUAAGAUACAAAGUAGUCUUCAGAUUACAGAUUUUCUUUUUGUUCUCAAAACUGUUGAGUGCAGUAAGUACUUGUUAGAUGCCUUCUAUUUGCCUUUAAGAGUUUCUCAACCAAACCAAGGUGUAGAAAACCAGUUAUUAAGUGAUUUUGCACUUUCUUGGGUAACGUUUAAUGAAAUAGUUUUUGUGGCGUGUAGAUAUUUAAUAAAAUAUAAUACUAAAA